CCACAGACCCCACUAAGUAUGAAUUUCUGCAUGAUUAAAGUCUCUGAUCUCGUGUUGGUCAAUGAUAAAGGCGAAGUCAUUGUCGGAAGGGCUCAUCAUCCUGUCAACAGUCCUGCAUUUGCAAUUCACAGCAAAACCCAAAAAGCUCGUCAGGGUCUAAAUGCUGCAUGUCAUGCUAACUCGGUGUAUGGACAGGCAUUCACACCCUUCGCUUGUUUAAUAGAGAUGAUUUAACAAGACGUGCUCUGAGUCUAUAUGGACAUAGCUGUUUACAGCCGCUCAGAGGCACCGUACUAUCUUCAGAAGAAGGCGAACAUAUUGCGAAAGCUCUCGGGCCGACCUGCCUAAGUGUCAUUUCGCAGGACAAUGGUAUGAUAACGUGGUAAAACUGUUGACGAGGCGGCAUUCUUAUCCAUUGCCCUCAAUUGUUGCUGACACAGCAAGAUAAUGGCAAAUGCAGCAAGUGGGCCAGGCUGGGAGAAUACUUAUACUGGAAAGGAAGAAGCAGAAAUCACCAGUAAGAAAAAUGGGAAUUCAAACAAAAUGUGGUUGACUUUUCAGCCGUAUUAUAAUCAAAUUGUCCAAGAGGAUUCCUUAGUCUUA